AUGGUCGAUAAGCAAACGAAACCGAAUUCUAAGAGCCGUAGGACCAGCAGCAAGCGGUCCAGAACGGGAUGUCGAACAUGCCGAGCACGACAUUUAAAAUGUGACGAGAGUCCCGGCGCGUGUCGAAAUUGUACCUCCACCGGCCGAACCUGUGAUGGGUAUGACCUCUAUCGACUGCCUAUAGCAACGACCAAAGUCGCCAGGGCACAAAUCACCCCGGCACUAGUUGACGGCCUGCGCUGGGUUAUGACCUCCGAUGAACGUCGUUGUUUCUCUCAUUUCCAGCACCACACCAUCCCGACCUUGUUAGCACUGUACGACUCGUUGCUUUGGCAAAAGCUUGUCAUGCAGAUGAGUUACUCUGAACCAGCAGUUUACCAUGCGACAAAUGCCUUGAGUGCUAUCCACCAGGAUAUUGAAGCGAAUGGAAUCCCACUUCCAGGUCAGGGUGUGGAUAGUCCUUGGAAUCGGUUUGCCCUGGAGCAAUCGAAUCGGGCGAUUUCUUUUCUCACUAUACGCCAUGCUACCUCGGAUCCUCAUUUACAGACUGUUGUACUGCUCUGUUGUCUGCUGUUUGUUAUGCAGGAGUUGCUCCUUGGUCAUUACGAUAGUGCGUACAAACAUUUACAAAGUGGCGUACGCAUUCUAAAGGAUUUGAAAGCGGAUAUACAGCUUAUCAAUGGAAGUGAGACAAAAUUACCCUUUGACAAAUGCCUCAUUGAGACAUUCCUUCAUCUGGACAGCCAGCUAAUGUACGGCGGGGUUGGCGGUCCGCUCUCAAGUCUAGACAGGGAGCUGGAAUACACUCCGGGUGAAUCACAGGAUAUCUAUGGAGAAUAUAACAGUCUCCAAGAGGUGAGACAUGCGUUUAGCUGUCUAAUGAGGAAACGUUUCCGGUUCCUCUCACGAACACAAGAGCUUUCUGCAGAGGACAUCAAAUCUAACUAUGAAGCGUUGCACUUGAAACAACAACAGAUUCUGUCUCAGUUGUACCGCGUCGCCUGGAAGCUUGAAGCAUUCUCGGCUCGCUCAUACACCCAACUUACAGAGAAGGACCAGCGAGGACUCGAUAUGAUCGACCUUGCAUUGAAGAGUAUAACACUCGGAGCUCGAAGAUGCUUUAUCCGCUCAAAUUCACUGGUCAAGCUUUACACGCCUGAAUAUGACGCUCUUAUGUUAGAGAUUGAAGAUGUCAUGUGCAAGCUACCAGACCGCCCUAGUAUGGUCCUUGACGUUGGGGUCAUUAUUCCCCUCUAUUAUGUGGCGCUGGGGUGCAGUGACUAUGGCGUGCGUCGGAGAGCAAUCAAAUUACUCCGCAGUUGGCCACAUUUCGAAGGGGCUUUUGAUUCGAACAUGGUGGCUCUUGUAGCUGAAGAAUUGAUUAAGGCUGAGCAGAUGAUGGAAGAGGAGUAUGAACCUGGGAGCUGUAAGUCGGAGGAUCAAAUGGAACCAAGGGCAUCGGAGGAACGACAGACACAGAUCACUGGAGACAUUCACAGCAAAAGGUGGCCUACUGCAGGACAGAACACUUAUUCCCUGGACGAUUGCCUGAAAACCAAUAAUUGUUUGGAAAGGAUGCGUCGACCAAAAAUGAUUGGCUGGAAAGAUAGCUAUUCCUAG